ACGCGUCAAACCCCAGCUCAUGUCAGAACUUUCUGGGAACAAGCUGGCUCUGAGUGCCCUUCAACACCCUGGUCUGAGUGAACGCCCUCGAGUCCGGUCCUGCUGGCUCACAAGUUUUGAAUCCGGUGGAACUGGGUGGCACCGAUUCACGAUCUCCCGACAAUCGCCUUUCACCCGUCCCGAGGACUCAGUGCGUCGAGGCCUCCUAAGUGCUUAGCUCAGCCUGGCCUAAGGCCUGAGGCCUGAUUACGACAUUUUGAGGCGACUAGGCCUGGGGUUGACGCAAGGAAGAGGCCAAAGCCCAGAGGAAAGAGCUGGCUGAAGGAAGAGUGCCAUGUCUCACCCAUCUGACUGUGGGCCAGUCCAGCGCUAAUCUCACUCACGCUCAGCUACAUCAUGUCGGAUGCGGAGGCCAGGCCCGGGGCCGGGUUCCCGCCCUUUAACACCACCACCCCGGACACGCCGUUAGAGCCGCCCGUGGGCAAGUGCAAUUACUACAUGAAGAACGACACGGCCGUCAUCUUGGAUUUCACCAUCAAAUAUGGGGGCAUCCCGCAGAAUCUGGUCAUCAACCUGGUGGGUUGGGCCCUUCUAGUGGGCCUGUUUGCCCUGUUAAGACGGGCUGCGGGCAAUUACGGUCGGUUGGCCCUGGUUCGCAAGGACGAUGAUGAGUCCAAAUGGACGCAGGUGUUUUUCGCGCCGGAUGACUACAACCAGGAUGACGAGGAUCUGGCCCACGAGCCGGAUUCCAUGAGCUCCGUGGACUACAGCGAGGUGGACUCGAGCGUGUGUAGCUGGAUCACGUCCGUGUUCACGUUGAGCGACGACAAGUUCAUGCGGAAAUGCGGAUUGGAUGUGGUUCAGUAUUUGCGGUUCCAACGCCAUCUGAUCCUGUUGGUCUUGAUCAUGAGUCUCGUGUGCGUGGGCAUCAUCCUGCCCAUCAAUUUCCAAGGCGAGAUCCAGGGCACGAAAGUGGACUUUGGCCAUACUACCAUAUCCAAUCUGCAGGGCUCGGAUGAGCGACUCUGGGUCCACGUCAUCCUGUGCAUCUUGUUUUUCCCGGUGGGCGUGUACUUGAUGCGGCGCUUCUCCGUGGACUUGAAGAUGGACGCCGAGGAUUGCAUCUCAUCGCGCACGCUCAUGCUGGUGGGCGUGCCGGAAAGUCAGUGUUCGCUGGCCAACCUGCGUCGCCAUUUCCACGAGGCCUAUCCCAACUACCCCAUCGAGGAUAUCCAAUUGGCCUUUGACGUGUCCACCUUGUGCGAUCUGGACGCCAAACGCGAAUUGGCCCGACGAGCGCGAGUAUACUGCGAGACUUACCAGUCCCGGUACGGGGCGGGCCAGCAAAUGAAGCCCUUCGCCUGUGGGAUCUUGUUUACCAAUUGCCAUUGCUGGCCCCGAUGCUGUCCUUCCGUGGACGCCUUGACCUUUUACACACGAGAAGAGGCGUGUUUGAAGCAAGCGGUGGAGGACGAGAAGCGGCGCAUCAAGAAUAAGAGCAUUGGCAUGGCCUUCGUCACCUUCGCCAAUUUGCAUGAAGCCAAGUUGGUCAAGAAGGACUUCAAGGCCAAGUGCCAAUGUCUGGCGGCUCCGCCCACGUCAUCGAUCAGUGACCGGCUCGAGACUUACAAUUGGUCGGUGCGGUUUGCUCCGCCUCCGGAGGAUAUCUACUGGGAGAACUUGAACGACACCCACCGGUUGUUCUUCGUCAAGGCUCUGCUGAUCAACGUGGUCGUGUUCAUCGUGCUCUUCUUCUUCACCUCGCCGGCGUAUAUCAUCUCGGAAUUGGAGCUGUUUCUGAAUUUCAAGGACAUCACCAAGUGGUCCAAGAUCAACGACUUCUUACCCACACUCAUGCUCUGGACACUCUCGGCUCUCCUGCCCAUCAUCGUGGCCUAUUCGGAUUGGUGGAUGGGCCAUUGGCGACGGUCCGUCGAGAACCUGUGGAUCUUCCGCAAGGUCUACUUCUACCUGCUCUUCAUGGUGCUGAUCCUGCCCUCGAUCGGCCUGACCUCGCUCCGAGCCAUGCUCGAAUUCUUCAUCCACAGUCAGUCGGAUCCCGAUGAAAACAUGCUCAAGUGGAGCUGCAUUUUCUUACCCGACAACGGCGCGUUCUUCGUCAACUACGUCAUCACGUCGGCUCUCGUGGGCACGGCUCUGGAGCUCAUGCGGUUUUCCGAACUCUUUAUGUACGCCAUUCGAUUGAUGUUCACACGAUCCGUGGCCGAAACGCCCAGUGCCCGCAAAGCCAAUCUGUUGGAGUUCCCGUUUGGAUUUAAUUAUGGGUGGAUGUUGCUCAUUUUUGCUCUCACAUCCGCCUACGCCGUGGUGUGUCCCCUCAUCACGCCCUUCGGACUCUUCUACAUGAUCAUGAAACACGGAGUGGAUCGAUACAACCUGUACUAUGCCUACAAGAGGUCCAAGAUCAACAAGAACAUCCACGCCACGGCCGUCAAUUGCGUCAUCGUCAGUCUGCUGCUUCAGCAAUUGGUCUUGCUGUUCUUCAACAUUGUGAGGGCCCCCGACAACAAGAUCCUCUCUCCACGGGCUAUUUUCAGCAUUGCCAUUCUUUCCAUAUUCACGCUGAUGUUCUUGGCCCAGAUGUUUUUCCACAUGUUCAAAGGCAUCAGCCCUCUGCAGUAUGUCCAAACCCCCGUGAGCUCAUCCGUGGGCUCACCCGAACCGCAUGGAGCGGCGUCGCCCGUCAUGUUCCAACCUGGACCAAUGGAAACCGCCGAGUCUGAGGACCGUCCCCAUACUCGUCGUCGUCGCCGGCAUCAAAUGUUUUUGCCCGCUGUGCUGAAAGGCGACGGGGAUAUGGGGUCGGUGAUUGGUUCGCAAGAUGUGGAGGCCCAUCCUUUGGGCGUGUCUUUGGGAGCAGGGAGCUCUCGCCAUCAUCCCAGUCGAGGCGCUCUUGGCGGUCAAGGGGAGUAUGGUGCUUUGGAGGAGGUCAAUCAAGGCUGAUAUGAGGGCGUCCCACUAACAAGCUUAGCACAUUCAAGGCUUUGGCUCAUUUUGCGAAAUGGAUCAAGCCUUGAUUGUCAGUGUCAGAUUUAUUACAUGUUAGAUUUAGCAAAGGAAAGAGCUGUAUGCUUUGGUUUAAAUUGUGAUCAUGUCAAUCGUUUCUAUUCUCGACACAAAAUGUAAUUACUCAUCUUGAUACCCUUAGAUCCUACAAUCAUAUUCAUUCCUGACAUGUAGUCAUUGGUUACCCAAUGCCAAUUAUUACACAUUCUUUCAUUCAAAAUAAAGUAUCCAAGCCGC